CAAUAUAAAACUCGCGCGCGCCUGUCCAGCCGCUGCCGUCGCCCAGGAGCCGCCCGCCCACCCGUCUGUGGCCGUCCGUGAGCGGGGAGCGCGGAGGGAGGCGGACCGCGGGACUCCCUCGCCGGGCAUCAAGAGUCAGCCGCCGCAAGAUGCGAGGUCGGAGCUGAGCCGGUCCGUGUCCGCCCAGCCAUGUCCUUCGCCCUGCUGCGCUCGGCGCCCAGCCGCUUCCUGUACCCGGAGAUCAGCAUGCUGUCGGAGGAGGACGAGGAGAACGGCAGCGGCGAGAGCUCGGGCUCGGACGAGAAGCCCUACGCGCUGGAGGCGGGCGCCUACGGGCUCCGGGGCGGCAAGCGCGGGCCGGGCAAGAAGGGCAGCCGCGGCGUGGCCCGCGAGCCCCGCCAGCGCCACACGGCCAACGCGCGGGAGCGCGACCGCACCAACAGCGUCAACACCGCCUUCAGCGCCCUGCGGACGCUCAUCCCCACCGAGCCGGCCGACCGCAAGCUCUCCAAGAUCGAGACGCUGCGCCUGGCCUCCAGCUACAUCGCGCACCUGGGCAACGUGCUCCUGGCCGGGGAGGCCUGCGGGGACGGGCAGCCCUGCCACGCCGGCCCGGCCUUCUUCCACCCCGGCGGCGGCGGCAAAGGCGGCAGUCCGGCCGUCCCGGAGAGCGACGGCUCCCAGCCCAAGCAGAUCUGCACUUUCUGCCUCAGCAACCAGAGGAAGCUGAGCAAAGACCGAGAAAGAAAGACAGCGAUUCGCAGUUAGCCCCUCGUGGAAGCAGGAUGGUGGUGGUGAGGCUGGCGGCAGGAACUAUGAGGGCGAAAUAAAGAGACGGCCUCCCCUGGCCCACCUGGGCUGCCCCCUGGAGCUGUGCGCUUGUGCCCGGGACAAACACAAGGGCAACCGGGGGAGACGGAAAGCCCGAAGGCUGGAUCUGCAGGCAAGCCAAGCAAAUACGGCAGGGCCGUGCCGGGUGGAGGAGGCACAGCUCCUAGGACAAAAGGCUUCUCCUGCUCACCAGGGACUGGCGUCUGGCGGAAGCAUCCUAACUGACCCACAUCCUCGGAGGCCAGAAGAAAAAGGGAGGGCGCUCCUCCGGUAGUUAUGGGCCGUCCUGUUGUCGGAACUCUGGAUGGCGCUGUCAUGAGGACUGGCUGGACUUUCCUGCCUUGAUAAUAAUAUAAAAUCCAAAUUGUUUAUAUAAUGAUAUUUUUGUAAAUAUGCAACAUAAACGUCCUUUCAGACAUUCUGA